UCUAAAAGACAAGGAAAGGAACUGGAGUUUACAGUAAAAACCCUAAUUAUCUCAAUCUCGAUCGCAACCUGAGACUUGUCUACCUGCUUCUCCCGCAAUGGCUGAUUCUCGCCGUCACGAAGAAAGAGAUUCACGGUCUCCUUCACCUCGAAAAGAACGGUCCCUUUCCAGGUCCAGGUCCAGGUCUAGAUCCGUGCCGAGGGCUAGGUCAAGGUCAAGGUCAAGAUCUUUGCCAAGGCCUAUAUCUCCAUCAAGAAACCGUGGAAGGAGGUCUGAAGUUGAAAACCCUGGUACCACUCUCUAUGUGACUGGCCUAUCCACAAGAGUCACUGACAAGGAUCUCGAAGCUCAUUUCUCCAAGGAAGGCAAGGUAGCGUCUUGCUUUCUUGUAAUGGAGCCGCGCACCCGUGAGUCUCGUGGUUUUGCCUUUGUUACGAUGGAUAGCGUUAAAGACGCUGACCGUUGCAUCAAGUAUCUCAACCAAUCUGUACUUGAAGGCCGUUACAUCACUGUUGAAAGGUCCCGAAGAAAGCGCCCCAGAACUCCCACCCCUGGCCACUAUCUUGGCUUGAAAAGCUCCAGAGACAAUGAAAAAAAAGACCGAGAUGGCCGUAGCAGUCGAGGGAGGCACUAUGAUCGUGAUGAUUACGGACACCGUAGGUCACCAAGACGCGACUACUCACCUCGUGGUGGUGGAAGGAGGUCACCACCAAGACGUGAGUAUUCGCCUCGUGGUGGUGGAAGAAGUUCUAGAAGAGAUCGGUCUUACUCUCCUUAUGGAAGAAGCCCAGAGAGAAGGUCCGAGAGAAGGUAUUAACCCCGUCCGUGGUGGCUCGAAAUGACCUGUGUGUGUAGCUCUCUCUCUUAACAAAGUAAUCCAAAAAACUUCAUUGUUGGUUUAGGUUGUGUGAUUGUUCAUCAUCUUUAAAUUAUUACAGAGAUUCUGUUGUGUGACAAGUAUGGUUUUAUGUGCCUUUUCUCUUUUAUGUAUGCUGCAGAACACAAUGAAGUGAAACUUAUAAUGUAA